AUGGCACCUCAACGGCGAUCCAUCUACAUCAAUUCUGCUCCUUCGACGAUAGUGUCGCCGCCCGCGGCCCAAGUCCGGGCUUUUCAUGAGCAGUUCCCUGGAUACCAGGCCAGUCCUCUGGUGCCCUUGCCCGAAGUCGCGCAGGCACUCGGCGUCCGUGCAGUGUAUGCCAAACAAGAAAACAAUCGUUAUGGCCUACCCUCCUUCAAAGUUUUGGGAGCCUCAUGGGCCAUUUACCGGGCGCUUCUGGCACUCCUCGACCUCCCCCUUGAAACCUCCUUAAAAACCCUCACGGAGCGCAUCCGGGCGGGCGAGCCUUUCACGUUGAUGGCCGCCACGGAGGGAAACCACGGUCGCGCAGUGGCCUGGGUGGCUCGUCAACUAUCUCUACAAGCACGCAUCUAUGUCCCUCGCACGAUGGUCGCGUACACCCAGGAAAUGAUCCGGUCGGAGGGUGCGGAUGUUAUCGUAGCCGAUGGGGACUAUGACUAUGCCGUGCUGGAGGCCGCCAAGGCAUCGCAAGCGACGGAAAACGCAAUCCUAGUACAAGACACGGCUUUUGAAGGCUAUGAGGAGAUCCCUGCCUGGAUUGUGGAGGGCUACUCCACGUUGAUGCACGAGGUAGAUGUGCAGCUACAGGCGCUGGGUCAGCAAAAUACCCUGGUCGUUUCGCCUGCGGGCGUCGGAUCGCUGGCUCAAGCGGUCGCGAUUUAUUCCAAGUCGCGCACAAGCCCAGCGACUUUCGUGGCUGUCGAGCCGGACACUGCUGCUUGUCUGAACCUGAGCCUCAAAACAGGCGAGUCGACCUCGAUCGUCACUAGUCCCAGUAUCAUGGCCGGCAUGAACUGCGGCACUGUGUCCUCCGCCGCCUGGCCGGUUCUGCAGAAACUUGUCGACGCCAGUGUCACAAUUUCGGAUUAUGAGAGCCACUGCGCCGUCCAGUACCUUGCAUCAAACGGGGUAGACUCGGGUCCAUGCGGGGCGGCCAGUCUAGCAGCUAUUUGGCGUCUCAAAGCAGAGCACGAUUCUCCCACGUACUUUUCUCCGGACUCGGUGAUUGUAUUGCUGAGCACUGAGGGUCGUCGUCCAUACCAGGUCCCGGAAGAUGUCUCGUCAGAUGACCCGAUUGUGUUGACCCAGACCCUUACACGAAUUGACUCCUCCAACCCAACACUGUCCAAGGCCAAGGGAGCAGGCGAGACAGAUAUCGUCAACUACCUGUCAGCGUGGUUUGCGCAUCGUGGCAUCGAGCAUCAUCGCGUGGAAACCAAGCCCAGCCGUCCUUCUGUGGUCGGCGUCGUCAGGGGAACUGGAGGGGGGAAGUCUCUGAUGUUCAACGGCCACGUGGAUACCGUGACCUUGAGCACGUAUGAAGGAAACGGACUGAGUGGGCAUCUUGGCGAGAAGGAUGGCAAACAGGCGAUCUUCGGUCGGGGGGCGCUUGACAUGAAAGCCGGAGUCGCCGCAGGACUGUCUGCAUUGGCGAGCGCUCAGCGAUCGAGGCUUGCCGGAGACGUGAUCGUCACUGCCGUGGCGGAUGAGGAGGAUGCCUCGCAAGGCACGAUGGAUGUGAUCCAAGCUGGAUGGAGAGCCGACGGGGCGGUGGUGCUGGAGCCCACUAACCUCAGGCUAGCACAUGCCCAUAAGGGAUUUGUAUGGGUAGAGCUGGAAGUCCAAGGACGCGCAGCGCAUGGCUCGAACCCUGCGGCCGGUGUUGAUGCGAUUAUGAACAUGGGAUUGUUGUUGCAGGCCUUAAAGCAGUAUCAGCAGCAUUUACCAGUCGACGAGGUGCUUGGUCAGGCAUCGCUGCACUGUGGAGUGAUCAACGGUGGGGAUGAGGUAUCCUCAUAUCCCGCCAGCUGUUCAUUGACCGUCGAGUUCCGGACUGUGCCCGCACAGACAGAGGAGAUGAUUCUGAAUGAGCUACGAGGCCUACUCACUCGAAUCCAAAGGCAGAACGCCGAAUUCCAGUUUAGCGAGCCUCGUAUCACUUUCUCGCGGCCGUGCCAGUACCUGCCUGAGAGUCACCCCCUUGUGCAGCAAAUGGUAAAGAUCAGCAAGACGGUUCUUGAAGAACCUGUCCCCGUGGUCAGUGUGCCAUUUUGGUGCGAUGCUGCCCUUCUAACACAAGCCGGAAUCCCUAGUAUUGUCUUGGGUCCGGCUGGCGAAGGAUUGCAUGCCAAAGAAGAAUGGGUAGAGGUGAACGGUGUGCGACAGCUGACAGAGAUGCUUGAGAGAUCACUUAGGGAUGAGUCCUUGAAGGUAGACAGUUGCAUUGGAGUGGGUGUGUUUACAUGUUUACAUGAAGGAACGUGGAAGAAAUGUAAUCUCCAUCUGCUCGCCUGGCAUUCUGCGAUGGAUGAGCCCUUCCCGUUCGAUGACCAGCUUCUGUCUCCAUCCUUCGAGAGCCUUCUCGAUGAGACCAACCAUUUUCUCGAUCAGUCACCAGGCUCGGGCGCAUCGUCCUGGAAUCUCGCUCCUUCCCUAGAAACCAGUAAUGGCUUCUUGGACUGGGAGCCGCUGUCAGACAAUGCAGCGUCUUUCGCACUUCCUAUCGACCACUCGUCGUUCGACAACCCUUUGCAGCAAACGGAGCUACCUGACGCCCUCUCCACCGACAACCUCUCGCAGCACGAUACAUUGGCGUCCUUUGACUACUCACUUGCAGCAGAUCCUCCCCUCCCAGUUUAUUCAACCCGUCUCAAUGAUGACUUCGUCAGUGUCUCCCAGUGGCUGGAUGGUGCCUAUCGACCCCCCGUGCCUUGCAGCUACUGCCAACGCCACCGACUACAAUGUCUUAUCCUGCGCACCACUUCCGCGAAUCCUAACCCGGUCACCUCGUGCUCCAGUUGCGUCGCGCUUUACCGGGAGUGCAGCCUCGCACAAGGCGAGAAGCGCCAGGCUGCAGGAUUCGAAACCAUCUCCCCAGUGUUCGGUCAUCUGCACGGCCUCACAGAAGAGCACGGCGGAGGAACUGGGCCCUCGGAGCCCGGAUUCGAAGCAUCCGCAAGGGAGACGGACAAUGCUCUUCAGGCUGAGACGCAAGUGAGGCCGCGCUUCUCGCGCAAGGGGGCCAAAGUUCUGCGCGACUGGUUCAAUCGCAAUCAGCACUCCCCCUACCCGACCGAUGAACAACGCGCCGAGUUCGCCAGUCAGACUGGCUUCACCGAGCGACAGAUCUCAAAUUGGUUUGCCAAUGCCCGCCGACGCCGGAAGAUGGCGUCACGCACGCUGCGACCCAACCCCGCCACUCCCUCGCCUCGCGGCAGUUCCCCCAUGCCUAUCUCGAGGUACGCGUCUUUGACGCCUAUGGAGCGAUGGCAGAAGUCUCCUCCCGACCAAGAUCCAGUCUCCCCAGCCGUCAUCCAGAAAGCUAUCGCCACUUCGAGCCUUCCCCCAGCAGCAGAAGGUGACUUCAGCCGAGACGAGCGCGUAGAGGCGAGUCGUCGCGGUGACGGUCAUGCUUACUCAAUCUCGAGCGUGGAAAGCGGACAGUUCGAGAGUGCGCGAUCCCAAGCAUCGUCCGACACGGCAUCUUCAGCGGCCUGGAGUUACAACUCGGAUGAUCAUUUCCCAUUCCCGCUGUCCGAUAAGCGUCGACGCCGACACUAUUCUCGACGCAGGCCCUCAUCCACCCACUCACUCGGCGACCUCCAAUACCAAUGCACGUUUUGCUCCCGAUCCUUCAAGAAAAAGCACGACUGGUGCCGCCAUGAGUCAAGUAUGCACCUUUGUCUUGAGUCGUGGUUCUGCACUGUUGAUACCACUACACCUGAUCAUCUCGAGCCAGUGGAAUGUGAGUUUUGCGAAACUCCACGGCCCUCGCCUGCGCACCUAGAGUCGCACGAAUUUGACGUCUGCGCGGAUCGGCCGCCGAGCGAGCGAACAUUCGCGCGCAAAGACCACCUGAUCCAGCAUCUCCGGAAGUUCCACCGGUGCACAAAGGUGUCCGCAGCGAGGGUCCAGGGGUGUCGCUCCACUCGUACAGCCGUGACGAGUCGGUGUGGGUUCUGCGAUGCGGAGAUGCAGAGUUGGACCGAGCGGGCGGAUCAUCUGGCGGACCAUUUCAAGAAGGGCCUGCGAAUGGAUCAGUGGGCGGGUGGCUGGGGACUGGAUCGCACAUCGCUGGCGAUGUUGAGAGAUGCUACCUUGCCGGCUCAACGCUCCUCCGAUUCGUGA